GCCUGUGUCUUCCUAAGCAAAUCGUACGGAGAACCCGCUGUGAAACGACCGGACACGCAACAUACGCCUACUGCCAGCCAGUAGGCGAUUGAAUAUCGACUUGGUAACUGUUAACAGAGACACACGAGUUUAUCAUCUUCUGUUCUCGUCUGGCAUUAUCAUGAAAAUCGAAAAGAAACCUCAGAGGACAUUAUCAGAGUUGCCGUUUGGGUGCCAAGAAUUGAUAGAGAAACUAAAGAAUUGUGACGAAGCCGUGUUGGAUAGGCAGCUGAAGUUGUUAACCACGUGGAAUUACGGAAAGUGUGAGCUCUAUCAUUGGAUUGACGUGCUCAAUCGUUUUGAUGAGAUCCUGGAGAGAGCAUGGAAGAGUGAAGAUUCGAAGAAAGAUGAUUGUGUGAAUUUGUGUGUUGGUACGACUGACCACAAGGAGAUUAAAGGCCUGGUUGUGUCAGUUUUGAAGUUUUCUGCUCUCUUGAUUGAGCACUCUUAUGCCCGGCAUGUGUACAACUCGAUGGAGAGUCUUGUGACUUUAUUGGGAUCAACUGAUAUGGAUGUUAUCAUUGCUGUCUUGAACCUUCUGUACGUAUUCAGCAAACGUUCCAAUUUUCUUGUCCGUUUGUCUUCCGAUCAGCGCCACUCGCUGCAAGUUAGAUUGAACCAUUUGGCGGAGUCUUGGGGUGGCAAAGAAAAUGGCUUUGGACUUGCUCAGUGCUGCACAGACAGACCGAUCACAGAGUUCCCGGAGACUGCUACAACGCUGCACUUGGAAUUUCAUCGUGAACCCACGAACUCUGGUGUCGUUGAGUCUACAUCGCUUUGCACAAUCCACUUGGAACAUCUUGAGCAGUUGGUCGAGUCACCUGUUGAAAUCGUGAGGUAUCUAGUCAGGCAAUACAAAGUACCAGAAGAAAAACAGAUGUCUUUGCUAUCUCAUGUUCGCUUGGCAAAGUACUUUCCUGAUUUUUCAAAGCGAAUUCAAUGUGUUCAGUCUCGUCUUCAAGCCAUCGCAGUUCUUGUCUACUCGAAUGCCGGCGCCGAUGUCGUCACGCCUUUGCUGUACGCAGGAUUCACUGAAGAAUUGGUGGAAUUGCUGCUGCUGGAAGAUCGUAGGCUAAUUGAAGUCAGGGCUGCUGCUCUUCGAACGCUGACGUCUAUUAUUCAUCUGGAGAGAAGCCCCAAACUAAACAACAUCAUUGAUGCCACGGGGGCUGCCAAUUAUCAUGGGUUUCUGCCAACAGUGGCCAGAAAUUGUGUUGCUGCCAUGACUGAUCCUGCUGUUGAGUCUCAUCCCUUGAAUUUCUCCACUGCUCUGUUCUCAUUCAUCUACCAUUUGGCCAGUUUGGAUUCCGGAGCAGGAGCACUCUUGUCGUGUGGCAUCCUGGAAACAUUAUUGAAAGUCAUUAACUUUAGACAUCAGGAUCAGAGCCAUCUUACAUUUGUGACACGAGCUGUGCGAAUCAUUGACCUGAUUACCAAUUUGGAAAUGGGUGCCCUUCAAGCACAGAAUGGCUUGGCAAGCCUGAUCGCACGACUUCAGUAUGAUGUUGAUGAGUGUCGGAAGAUACAACCUUUUGAACUAUCCAGCGUUUCGGUUGGCUCCACUGCUAGUAGCCAAGAACUUGCUGCCAUGGACUUGGAAGCUGCAGCUAAUGAACCAGAAUCAGAAUCGCAACACAGCGAACAGCAGUCUCUUCAAGAUCAACAGCAGAAAGUUGGAGAUCAAUCACUAGAUACAAAACCUGUAGACUCACAUGAUCAGCAGGAAGUAAUGGAGACAGAUGAGCAGGGAGCUGCUGUUGUGGAAGAGAGAAUGGAGGACGAAACUGGCCGUAGUUCAAGUGUUUCUGUCAUGAAACUUACUUGUUUGCCUCAACGGGCGGCUCUAGUGAAGUCAAUUCUCAAUUUUUUGAAAAAAUGUAUUUCUGAUUCUGCAUUUGCUGAUAGUAUUCGAACAAUGAUGGAUAGUUCUCUUCCCUCAUCUCUCAAGCAUAUCAUCAGCAAUGCUGAAUUUUAUGGAUCUGCACUGUACUAUCUUGCUACUGAAGUUGUAACAGCUUACAUCUUCCAUGAACCAUCUCUUCUGUCAUCACUGCAAGACACAGGGCUUACGGGAGUGAUGCUUAACUCACUGAUUAUGAAAGAUAUUCCUGCUACUCGAGAUGUUCUUGGUUCUCUUCCUAACAUGCUUAGUGCUUUAUGUCUAAAUGCUCGAGGUUUGGAGGCGUUUGUGAACUGUAAGCCAUUUGAUCAGCUAUUCAAAGUGAUGCUGUUACCUGAAUACUUGCCUGCUAUGAGAAGAAGGAGAAGCACAGAUGACCUGGAUGACACUGCUACUAACCUUGGCAGUGCAAUGGAUGAGCUCAUGCGGCACCAGCCAACACUGAAGUCUGAUGCGAUGGCUGGUAUAGUGAAACUGCUUCAGCAGCUGUGCGAAAUGGGUCGAGACCCAAAAUGCACUGUCAACACUCAAAACGAAGCGUCCAGAUCUGACAUGGAACAAUCAAGUGGUGGCCAUGAACGCCAGGGAAAUUUAGGAACAACAACAGAUGAUGAAGAUGAAGACGAUAUUCCUAGGGAUGCUGUGAACAGUCAGAGAGCUUCACCACAACCAGAAGCUGGGCAAUUGGAGCCAUCAUCGAAGAAGGCAGUUCCAUUGCUCGAUUAUGCUCAUAAUGUGAUUCGCUUUCUCUUUUCGAUUCUUAACAAUAAUGCUACUGAUGAUCACUACCGAGAAUUUGUGCAACAGAAAGGUCUAGACCCUCUUCUAGAAAUUCCAUCACUUCCGAACAUGCCUAUUACGUUUCCCAUCUCACCUGCUUGUCAGUCAGUAGCCAUCACUUGCAGAGGCCUCUUAUCAGUUGCUGUACAACCAGAAGCCUUCACCCAGUGCAUUCAACGUCUCACGGAUAUUCUGUUGAAGCUCAACGAUGCUUGGUCGGGGCACCACACAAAUGGCUCUGUUCUGCUUCAUGAACUAGCAUCUAGUGCUAAUCCAGCCAUUGCUCUUGAGUCGGCACAGAUGUCACCUCUUCUUCAUUGCAUGGUAUCUGCUCACUCUUAUAUCAACAUUCUGUCUGUUUUGUGUAAAGUAACACAAAGUGACUUGAAAACUUUAAUGAUAACGCAAUGGACUAGUAGAGCAGGGUUGGCUCUUCUUGGUCAUCUCUCAACCUUAUGUCGUUCUCUCAUAUGGGAGUGCACAGUACUUUUGGCAUUGUGUACUCCAGGGCACAUUCCGGAAGAUUCUGACUUUGGUAUGGACGAUAUACGGAAACUUGUUCCAGAAUUUGACAGACGAACAGCGAGUAUGCUUGCUGAAUCAAAUGUUAACGAGACUACAAAACAAGAGGCAGCAACUGAGGGUUCAUCAUCAUCAGUAACUCCAGCUGCAGGUGCCGUAUUAGAGCAGCUUAUAGAGCUGGAAUCAGGAGCAAGUGGAGGUCCUGGUGCAUUGAGAGGCGAAGAGGGAAGCGAGUUAAGUGAAAAGAUGCCAAAACUCUCUCCUCAACUUGCAACCAUCAUAAAGUACAUUCGGCCUUUGUUGACUGUUGCAUCUCGUCUUGGACGCAGUGUUUCUGAUAUUUAUUCUGUUCUUGUACGGCUCUUUGUCAUUCCGCAACACCAACCAAGACGACAUAGACAUCCUCCUACUCCGCCAAAGCAACCAGCAUGGGAAUGUGUAUCAGUUCUCACAAAAACAUUAGUAGAUGGUUUUACAUGGCUACCACCAGAUUUGGCACCUACCCCAGGAUUUAGAUUAACGUUGUUGUUGUGCUUUACGGGACUAACAUCAUCAAUGCUAUUUGAUGAACAGAAGUCACCUUACCACGUCAUGCUCAGACAGUUUACAUCACUUGGUGGUGUGGAUGCUCUAUUAGCGGCAUUUAACUGGGCUGUUGAUGCUGGCAAAAUGGAUUCUGUGGAUUCGGCAAGAAAAGCUUCACUUUAUGAGGAUGCUGGUGAAUUUGUUGACAUGUGGCUCUUUCUAAUGGAACGCAUGGUCAAUGUUAAUUCUAUUCUUGAUUCUCCCCAUGCAUUGCUGGCCAGCUGGAAGCCUCCUAAGAAGUUUGAUCCUCUUGCUUUCCUUGUAAAAACGCACAAGGUUGCAUUUUCUGCUGUUUCAACUCUUUGGGGCCAGAAACCAGUACGUGAAGUUGGUCAAAUGUCAGAGGCCGUUUUACAGAUAUUGAGUCACAUAAUGAAAGGAGAGUCUCAAAUUCGACAGAAGCUUGAGAAACAAAGUACUGAUGAUCAGCCGACUGACGGUAGUUCAAGUGCUGCACAGCCUGAUGUCACUGUCAAUGAAUCAUUUCUUCGAAUGCUUUCUGACAUGGGAUUUCCUGAGAGUCAUUGUCGAGAAGCACUUGCUAGUACAUCUAACAACUGGGAUAGAGCAAUGGAGUAUAUUCUCUCACAUCCCCCAGCUGAAUUUGAAACUGAUUUGUUGGGCUCUCUGGGUGCAGAGAUGAGUGAGGAGGAACAGAUGGCUCGUGCUAUUGCUCUAUCGCUUGGUGAUAACGUAGUAGAAGAAGAAAAGUCAGUGAAAGAAACGAAAGAACCCGAGAUGGAACAGAAAGAGGAUGAUACGAAUUACAUAGAAAAAUCUGUUCUUGAUGAGUUUACAGAUCAAUUGUUGGUCGGGUGUCUUCAGUUGUUGGUCCAUGUCCCAAAGGCUGUGCAUGGUGUUUGUGAUGUGGUAACAAUUACAGCUAAGAGGAAUGGCAAAGCUUGGAAGAAAAGAACAAUAAGUGGUUUGUACAAAGAGUUGAGUGUUGGUAUCUCAAUGCUGCUUGAUUUGGGUCAAGCUUGCCUUAGCAAGUCUCCCAGUGAAAUGGAUCAAGACUUACUAAAGGAAUUUAUUGAAGGCAGUCAUGUAGCUGAGUUAGUACCAUGGCUUCAUCUCUUUGCACUACUUUUUGAGGAAGACAAACUCCUUUGUACUGAAGUCUUUGAACAGACCAACUUUGUGUCUCAACUGGUCUCUCUUGUUGCUCGCACAGCCACGUGUUUGUCUAACAAAAAAGACACACCGACACCAAAGUGGCUAUCAUUUGUUAUCCUUAUUCUUGACUUGUAUCAGAAUGUAUCAAGUCCCUACUACUUAAAGCAGGCUUGCAGGAAAAAGGUUCCACGAAUGUGGCAGUUUUUUGACGAACGUAAUCAUCGCUGGCAUAACUACUCAAAUGCCAGUAAUGCAACACUGAAUGACUUGUAUAACAAGGAUGAGCCGAUUGCAAGGGUUACAGAAAACCGACGAAGAUGUCUCAUUGAUUUUCGCACUAUGAUGCAAACAGAUGAAGACACUGGUCAUGUUAGGCCAGUCAUGUUUGUUGAAACACCAACAGCCAAUUCACAACAAGAGGAAGAGCAGACAUCCAGCUCUAAAGAGAAGAAUUCAAGUGACCAGCCAGGAUUGAGUUUUGAUGAGAAGGAUGCGGAGACAAGUGUCAAAGCAACUGUUGAUGAUGGGAAACAUGUGGUUGGGUUGAUGGAAGAUCAACAGAUAUUGCUAAUUCGUUGUGCUACUCAGUUGAUCAGUGUUCCAGUCACUGCAGAAGCACUUAAUGCAAUACUGCGCUUUUGUCUUCGUCUUACUCGAAUCCACACUUGUGCUGCCGUUUUCACUGAACACGAUGGUCCUAAGCAUCUUCUAAGUUUGCAGCAGUCGUCUGCAUUCAGUGGCUUUUCAUCAAUUAUUACUCUGAUAUUCAGGCAUAUUCUUGAAGACGAGGCAAUGUUGGAGAGGACCAUGGAGUCAGUUGUUCGCUCGGUUGCAUUACCUGGAGGAGGCAGCAGUCGUGAAUUGUAUACGGCCUUUAGAAAGCUUGGUCCUGCUGCCUGUCGUAAGCCUCAGUUAUUUACUGAUGUAGCUAUGCAUCUUCUACGGAUUGUUCCUUCAACAAAACAUCAGGAAGAAACCAAUACUUUGCCUGGUCGUGGUCAGCCUCUUCUUCAGUUGAAAGCUCUUGCAGCGCCAAAGAAGCCAAUGAGUCAGUUGACAGAUUUGCAAGAAACUGCAGUGAAACAGCUUUUGGAUGCUCUCUGCUCUGGUGUAGAUGAACACCAGACUGAAAAUGUAGAACAGAAACGAGGACAGCUUGCUGUAAAAGGCUUCCAAAGGCAAGUGACAGAUGGUAUGGACGAACAGGAAAUUGAAGAGGAGAUGGAUGUUCAAAGUGAAACACAGCCUCAACAGUCAAACCAAGAAAAGAAAGCAAGUGAUAGCUCUAAUAAACCACUUCUUUCUAAGGCAGCAAUUCUCAAAAUACUAGCCGAGCUUGUACGCUGUUACCCGGGAUGUGCAAGAUUGAUAGCAGAGUAUAGCGGAGGAGCAGGUGAAAGUGACUCUGUAUUAGCAUACAUACUGGAUCAUCUUCUCACAGUGCCAUCAACUCAAAGUGAGUCUUCUUCUGAUGUCACUGCUGGCAACAGUUCUGACACGGCGUCAUUAGCCAGGAUCUUACUUGUUACUGUCUCUGCUGUUCAACACAGUCCUGAUGCUCAUACUCUCUUAGUAAAUGAGGUUAAAGCUGCUUUUCAUCGUUCAUUGCUUAUGCCUGAAUGUCCAGUAAAGCAUACCAGAAUUCAAGCACUAGCAGGAUUACUAAGUGGAAUGAUUGAGCCUUCGCCGCCAAUGGGUGGCACACCAACUAUGACAAAUGUCCACAAGCUUUUGCUUCGAAAAGGGUUGCUUUCUGAUUUGGCAAGAAUAACUCACAGCCUUGAUUUGUCUAGUCCCAGUAUGGCUAACACAAUAAAUGCCGUCUUGAAGACUCUGGAGUCACUAACUUUUUUGGUGAACAGCUACACACAAAAAGCUAUGCAGCAAAGUGAUAAAAGAGGUGAGAAGAAGGCUCUCGCUGUAGAGCAAUCUAGUGAUGCUGCAGAUGAAACACAAACCGGAUCUACUUGUCACGAGACAAGCGACCAAACUGCAGAGAGCGUGAGUCAGAAUACAAGAGGUGAAGAAACAAGCCAAGAGGGAGCAGUUCAAUCUUCUCAGAGUAGUCAGCCAGCAGCAGAAGGAAAUAGUCAAAGAUUACAUGAAGAAGAACAUUUUGCUGAUUUAUCAACGUUGGCCCCAACAUAUGAUGCUGACAUGGAAGAUGUUGUUGCCACACAAGACUGGGAUAUGAGUGAAGUCGCAGCAACUCCUCAGCCACAAGACAGAGGUGAUACUGAGAGUAUGAGUGAAGAUGAGGUUGAAGAUGAAGUUGCCGAGUUUGAAGCUGCAGUGGAAGAACUCCUUGAAGGUGGAACUCGAAAUACCGGUCAAGACCAUUUUGUAGUUGAGGAGCCAUCUAGUGAUGAAGAAGAAAACAGUGAUGACCAUGAAGGAAGCAGAAGUGAUGGAGCUGACGAAAGUCAUUCUAGCAAUGAGACUGUAAGUGUGGAGUCAGAAGAUGAAAGUCAUGAUGAUGAGAUAGAUGUCAGGCAUUCACCUGUACCUUCUGCAAGUGAUGGUGAACAAUCUACAGAAGUUGUAUUGACUGUUGAAACAGUGCCAGAGUCUAAUGAUCGACAUUCAGACAGAGGGGAAGAUUAUGAUGUUCACAUUGUUACUGAAAUUGUUGAUUCUCCUCAGUCAGGUGAUCUUGAAGCUGCAAUUGGUGAUGCAGAAGAGGAGGAUGGUGAGCAGCUGAACGAGACAAUGGAACCAGUAGAUGGAGAUGAAGACAUUGGUGAUGAAAUAGAUGAUGAUGAUGAUGAUGAUGAUGAUGAGGAUGAGGAUGAUGAGGAUGAGGAUGAAGAUGAUUAUAUGGGAGAUGAUGAUGAAGAAGGUAGUGAUAUGGAAGGAGACGAGGAACAUCUUGAUGAGGCGCUAUAUGGUGAUAUGCAUCUUAUGGAUGAUGAUAUGCCACAUCCAUUGGAAGAGAUGCUCAUGCUUGUUGCAGAUGGAAUGUAUGAUGGUAGACCACCCAGUGGAGAGCAGUUGGGUUCGUUGUAUGCUGGCUAUGACCAAGACUUGUAUGAGGCGGUAGGUCUUACUCGGCCUGCUGUUGAGAGUGUGCCUCAACAACACCCUCUUUUGUCUCGAUCUGGAGGUAAUGCUCAGCAUUCUGUGGCUCAGAUGCAUCAGUUGAGAACUUUAGCUGGAUAUCCCAUACCUCGAGUUGGUGCUCGACAUCGAGGUCAGUUGCGACGUGUUAGUCAGCAGGUUAACACUCUAACUCAGCCAUCUGCACUAGGAGGGGCUAAUGCACAGCCUCAUGCACAAGCACGGCACUUGCUUGGACCUGCGGUCGCUCAGAGUCUGUUUCAACUCAAUCAGCACAGUGUGACAGGUAGAGUUGGGGGUCAAUUGACCAGGACUACACCACAUGUUCAAGUAAUUCCUCGUGCAGGUCUUUUGCCUACAGCACAUGUGUAUCUUUCACACUCACAUCCUCGGGGGCAACACUUCCUCAAUCCGUUUGAAUUUGGGCCACCUCGAGUACAGCCUAGUAGUUCAACCAUUCCGUCAUCUCUCAGCAGGUGGACCGAAGAGAGUCGAUUGCUGGAUGGUGAGAUUGCUUAUAGCUGCUUGGAGUCUUGUCAGAAGAAGGUACUGGAACUUCUUAGAACAUAUAAAAAUGACGAAGAGAAGGCACUUCUUGAAGAGCAGCAGAAGAAAGAAGAACAAGCAAAAACUGAAGCUGCACAUAAGAAGGAGGAAAAAGAAACUAAAGCAGAAGCUAGUAGUAGUAGUGGACCAAGUAGUCAAGCUAUGGAAACAGAACCGUUACCUGCUGAACACAUGCCACCUGUUGAAAAUGACGGCGCUGUGAAUACAACUGAAGGAAUUGCUGAUUCUAGUCAAGUUACUGAAGGUGCUGAAAGAGCAAACGAAUUAGUGGAACCUUGUAGUCACAGCACUCCGAUUUCUGGUGAUCAUAGUUCUACUCCUCAGCCUCAGCAACUAUCACAGGAAGUAGAAAUGAAUUCUGGUCAGGUGGAUAUGGAACAAGAGCAGUCUUCAGAGGUGACUACUGCAGUAGAACAGGAGCAAACAGCUGUUGAACAAGAUAAGCCAACAAAUGAAAGUACAGCAACAGAACAAAGAUACAAUCCAAGAAUACACGAUGAGAUGGCGAGUAGCCGAGAAGAAGCAAGUACUGGUGAACUCACUACUUCUGAACAAGCAGAACUUGCUACUUCUGCACAAGCAGAAGUUGGAGUAAGUAGACUGACCCAUGCUGGAGAGGUUGGAGAUGAGGUGGAAGUUCUUGAAAUCAUCUCUCAAGUGCACCCAGCAGAAAUGAAUAUUUCUGGUGUGUCAAAUCAAAAUGAAAAUGCUAGUCAGCAGAACUUGCAGGUUGAUACUUCAGAGUCUGAAGUGACAGAGCAGUCUAACCAAUCAGAACAGCCAUCAUUUAUGGACGAGAAUACAGAUGGAGCUGGGGCUAUCGCUGAAACAGGUAGUGUUGGGCAUCUGUUGUCUGAACAGAGCUCUGUUAGCUCUGUUAAUGGACUCUCUGCAUCAGUUGCUGCAUUAAGGCCAUACUCAAUUGCUGGAGAACACAACUUUCUUUCAAAUUUGGUUGAGUCGAGUCUUCUUACUGAGUCGGGAGGUGAAACAGUUGUUGCUUCGUCAAGUUCACAGCCAGUUUCAUCACAGGAUAGAUCAAUGCCAUCAUCUAGUAGUGCUCCUACAGAAGAAACGAUAGCAAAUGUUUCAUCUCGACUUCAAGCUAGUCUUAUUAACCAGGUUGAUGGAAUUGAAGCUGAAAAUAUGUCAAUUUUCUUGUCGGCUCUUCAGAGUCUUGCACCUCGAUCAUCGGCAAUAAACCCUGCAGUAUCAGUUCCAAUAUCACAUGGUGCAAUGAGUCUCCACUCACCGAUAGAUCAAACGACUAGCUCUGAGCCAGUUGACAGUAAUCUUCAAACUAGCUUGUCAAAUGUAGGUGACAGAACCCUUGAAGCUCAACAGUCACCUAGUUUAGUGCAAGGGGCAUUGGUUGUUGGUGAGAAUGAGCAAGAAAGAAGUGAAGCAUCGCAAGCUGAAGGAGGUCAAAGUGGUGAAACAGUUAGUAACUCUGAAGUAACUACAACAACUCACGACUCAUCUGUUUUGGAAGGAGUUGACCCAUCAUUUCUUGCUGCCUUACCAGAAGAACUACGUGAAGAAGUUGUGGCUGAUCAGUUGCGAAUGCAGCGUGCUCGGCAAGCAGCAGAAUCAAGAGCUACAACAGCAGCAGCAACAACGACAGCAGCAGCAAGCAGCAGCCAACAUGGUUUAGAAGUUAAUCCAGAAGUACUUGCUGCACUUCCACCCAAUCUUCAGGAGGAGGUGUUACAACAACAGAGGAUGAUGCAGGCACAACAUACUGGAAAUCAAGCGCCCGACAUUGUCACUGACCCAACUGCUUUUCUUCAAAAUCUUCCUGCUUCUCUUCGCCAAAGUCUUUUGACAGAAAUGGAUGAUGACACACUUAGUCACUUACCUGCUGAGCUAACAUCUGAAGCAAGGAGACUUCGCACACAACGAGAUGCACGUCAUGCACAAAUCCUACACGAGCAGUUUUUAGCAGCUGCUAGUGGUGGAGGCUCAUUGUCAUCAUUCUUGAGAUCAACUGGCUUGAGACGUGCUGGUGCAUUUCGACAACAUAUGGAAGGUUAUCGUACUUUGCAUAGGCCCUUUAUGCCAAUCUACGCACAAGGAGGCUCUGCUAGCAAAGCUGGAGUUGCAGCUGUUGAAAGGAAAGAAGGUGAAGCUUUGGGGAAACAGCUGUUGGAUCGAGAAGCCCUGACAUGUCUACUUAUUCUUUUGUUCAUCAAUGAACCCAAAGUUCACAUGUCCCAGCUGCAAAGAGUCAUAAAGAACUUGUGUCAACACAAGGAGACUCGUGCAUGGAUUAUUUCCACUUUGCUUUCAAUACUCAAACGCACCGCAGCUGAAACUAUGGUGACAUCUUGCCAAUCACAAAUGCUUUCUGCAGGCACUGUGUCUGGCAACUCAAAGAGCACAGGUGUGAAACGCAGUAUUGCAGAAGUAGGAGAACUUCCUAGCUUGCAAAGUGCUCAGGUUCCAGAAGAUCAUGUAAAGGUUUCUUGUAGAAAACCAGGAUCUUGGUUGUCUCUUAAGGUCGAUGCAACUUUGGGUUCAAAGGCCAGUGUGUUUCAAAUUGAGAAAAGCAGUAAGGCAGCAGUUGCCACAAGGAUAGACGUCCACCCUCAUGCUGUGCCUGUUGUUUGCCGUCAUGUACUUGAUCAAUUGUACUGUUUAGUCAAGUAUAUGCCAAAGAGUUUUAUGCCUCAGUCAUUGCUAAAACAAGCAAGUGAAACUGAUGAUUCGUUAGACAAUGAUGUUGCUCCAUUUACUCUUGAGUCUGAUUUCUGGGACAUUCUUGUACAAUUGGAUGGUAGUGGAUGGAGUCGUAAAGGAAAAGCUGUGGUAAAGUCCAGUGUCAAGCCAGUUGCUGAGAGUCACAUAGUCAGUAGUUGCUCAAAGUUUGGCAGCUCACCUAUUGGUCACCUUCUUUCCAUGUUGUCUCAUCCAGUAGUGAGAAGGAGUCAAGCUCUGACUGACCAUUUGCUCAAGAUUUUGUCCACACUUAGUAGGAAUUUACCAGAAAGUAAUAGUGUUGCAUCACAACAGAAACGGAAUGCUACUCACAGUAAAGAUGCGUCCAUUGAGUCAGCACAGAGUCAAUCUGGCGAACAACAAACUUCAGAGCAGUCAGCAGAACAACAAGAAUUUGAAACACAAGUUGAGGCAGCAGCAUGUAGCACAAUUGCGCCAACUACAGCAACGCAAGCAGAAAAGACGGGUGGUUCAAAGGAUGACAGUCCGUCGAGUGAUGUUGGUUUAUUUGUUGACCCACCGCUCUUGUGUAUGGUCGUAGAUGUGUUGACUGCAGGGUUGUGUAGUGAAGAGGGCUUGGAGGAUGCCACUACUCUUCUCUUGCAACUUUCUCGACAAGGAGCAGAGAGCAGGGAAAAUGCUUUAGAUUUGAUGUUGAGAGGCACCAAAGAGCUAGGACUGAAAGUGUGUCAACAGGUUGAUAACUUGCUGUUGCAGCUAAAGGAUCAUCAGACAAAAGAUCCUACGAAGUUCAAGUCAGCUGAGGAUUCUGAAGGUUCGAGCUCAUCCAUGUUGUCAGCUGCUGAGAAACGGCGGACCAUGCAGGAUGCAGCUUUGGCGUCUCUCAGUCGAACCAGUAAAUCAUCCAAGAAGCACAUGGAUCUUCAUUUACCAGCUAUGAGUGAGCUGACAUGUAAAGCAUCCACUCAAAUGACAUUCUUACGAGCUCUCAAAGUUGUCCUUCAGUUGAGAGAUUCGGCAAGACAAGCUGCAAAACCAUCUGGCAGAUCAGUGAAUCAACUAACAAGUCGGAUGGAACAGCAAAGAGAAAGGCUCGAAGAGCUUCGUGAAACUCUUGAAGAUGUCCGGCGUGCACGGGGAUCAAGUCAGCACAGUUCAAUUCGUCAUCUGGAGCAGGUGCAGCAAGCUCUUGAGGAUUUGGAAGCAGAGGCAGGAACGUUGGCUUCAUCGUUGCAAGGGAUUAACAUGAUGUUAGAUGUUGGCACAAGAGAACCUCCUGCACAACAGGCAGAUGAGGCAAGUGGCAGCAAUGCUUCCAAUGUAGCAGAGACCAAGAAUGCACCAGGUGAUGAAGAAGCUGUUUUUGUGUUGCCAUCACUGAGUGAACUACUAGACCUGGAAGCAUUGUGGGAGAAGCUUAGUCAUUGUUUGAAAGUGCUCGCUGAAAGCACAGACAGUCAUGCAGUCUUAGUUCUGCAGCCAACUGUAGAAGCGUUCUUUUUAGCCCACGGCUCAGAGAAAGGUCAAGCAACGCACCAGUCUACACAAGACAAGCCGCCUGAACGUUCACUCUCACACCACAGACUGGUUUCUAGUGAGUAUAGCAAUCCCAACUCACCUGCUAUUCCUCUACCGCUGAGUCCUAGUAUUGCUAAUGCUCCAGGAUCAGACAGCAAGCCCAAUUUCUCAGACCUUCCUGCAGACAUGGCAAAGUUUCUGCAAUUUGCAGAAACUCACCGGACAGUUCUUAACCAAAUCUUACGUCAGUCGACAGCUACAUUGUCAGAGGGUCCAUUUCAACUUUUGAUUGACCACACUAGACUUCUCGAUUUUGAUGUGAAACGUCGAUACUUUAGGCAUGAACUAGAACGAAUGGAUUCUGGAGUAAGAAAAGAUGACAUGGUCAUUCAUGUUCGGCGAGAGAAUGUAUUUGAAGACUCUUUUCGUGAGCUUCAUCGUCGACGGCCGGAGGAGAUGAAGAAUCGAAUGUACAUUGUAUUUGAAGGAGAAGAUGGCCAAGAUGCUGGUGGCUUGUUACGCGAAUGGUUCAUAAUUAUGUCAAGAGAAAUGUUCAAUCCAAACUAUGCGCUAUUUUGUACAACUCCUGGAGAUAGAGUAACGUAUAUGCCUAAUAGUAUGUCCCACUGCAAUACCAAUCAUUUGAGCUAUUUCAAGUUCAUCGGACGGAUUAUUGCAAAAGCGAUUUAUGACAAUAAACUGCUCGAGUGCUACUUUUCCAGAUCAUUUUACAAACAUAUUCUUGGCAAGUCAGUCCACUAUAGUGACUUGGAAGCUGAAGACUACAGUUUCUAUCAGGGACUGGUGUACCUGCUUGAACACGACCCUAGUGACAUGGGAACUGAGUUGACAUUUAGUACAGAGGUUGAAGAAUUUGGAGUGUGUGAAAUCAGAGAUCUGAAGGAGAAUGGUGGUAAUAUUGUAGUCACCGAAGAGAACAAGCGGGAAUACGUGCAUCUUGUAUGUCAGAUGAAAAUGACUGGCUCUAUUCGUGCCCAAAUCAAGGCGUUCCUGGACGGCUUUUAUGAGAUCAUUCCUAAGAGGCUUAUUAGCAUCUUCAACGAGCAAGAACUAGAGCUACUCAUUGCUGGAUUACCAACCAUUGACAUUGAUGAUCUGAAAGCCAACACUGAGUAUCAUAAGUACAAUAGCAACUCACCACAGAUUCAGUGGCUAUGGCGUGCUCUACGUUCAUUUGACCAGGCAGAUCGAGCCAAAUUCUUGCAGUUUGUAACGGGCACGAGCAAAGUACCUUUACAGGGAUUUGCAUCUCUCGAGGGCAUGAAUGGACCACAGAAGUUUCAGAUUCACAGAGAUGAUCGCUCAACAAGCAGACUGCCAUCAGCUCACACUUGUUUCAAUCAGCUCGACUUGCCUGCUUAUGAGAGCUACGAGAAGCUUCGAUUUCAACUGCAUCGAGUCGUGCAGGAGUGCCCUGAAGGUUUUGGACUAGUCUAAGGGACCUAUACUUGACUGUUGGCAUUUUCUGGAGUUUAGAGAUAUAUUAGUUGCAUGUUCAUCUUUGUCAAGAUGUUAAAAUGACACAUUAGAAUGUAGUGAACGCAGUUA